AUUUUCUAUGUACUUGUACUUAGAUACAGAAAAGGAUGUGAUUAACCAAUUUAUAAUAAGAGAAAAUCAUUCUGACCACACUGUAAUAAUCAUGCAGUGUUAAAACUAGUUGUUGACCAUCAAGCAAGCAGUGGAAAUAUCAAGACAUGUUCCAAGAAUAGCCACACACCUCGAUCUGUCACCUUUGUGUGAAAACCUAUCCCUGACGCUUGGGCAGCAGACACAUGGGGAGAUGAGGACUGUAGCCUCUCCCAUACAAAGGCAAGAGAUAACUCUGAUCUAGGAAGACACUCCAAAAUGUAUAGACCUUCGUACACAAGUCCAUUUUCUCUCACCUCGGACCUCGACAUGUGGGACACCAAAUCUCGCUUUACAGCUCAGACUUCGGCAUGGUGUGGUAUGGCUGCUGUCUCUGGUACAGGAUUUCUGUCCAACGUCAGCACAAGCACAUCUGGAAGCACUGGUGGCUUCAGACAGAACGACCCAGGUCUAAGGAAGUGGCAGUCAUUGUCCCAUCUGGCACCUGAGGGUGCUACAAGACCCUUUCGUCCAUCUCCGGGGGAUGAAUUAAGGGCUGCCCGAGGUGAAAGUAGCUUUAGACAAGCAGAAGGGGUGCAAUGGCUGCAGGGUGCUCACGAGCGUUUAGACACUCACCUCGACCGGCUGAGGGCCAGAAAUUCACAGCUGAGCUACAACAUAACUGCUGCACAACUGCUUGACAUGAAACAUAAGCAGCUGUCAGAAACAAUGGGCGCUCUUGAGCAGCAGAAGGAGGCAGUUGAAUUAUCCCAAUUUGAAAAGAGUCGGCAACGUGGAGAGCUUCAUGAAAAGGUCCUACAGCUGGAGAAGGACCUGAUGCAAAUGAGGUCUACUUUUGACAGAGGAAGCAAUGGUCAACCAACCGAAAGAAUGGCACCAAUGAGUCAAGAAGACUUUAACAGACAGGAGAGGCAGAAGGUUGACAGAGAGCUGUGUCAGCUGAGAGAGGCUCUGAGAGAUGCUGAGACGAGGGCAAAGACACAAGAAGAAGAACGAAACCAGGCACUCCAGAAACUCCAGUCUUCUGCAGAGACACAGAAGACGCUGUUGAAUCAAAUAGAGGAGAUGAAUCGAAGAAGACAGACUCACUCUGAAGUGCAAGAACAGCUGAGUGACGCUAACAACAAGAUCAGCCAAGCAUGCCUGGAAAAAGCCAUCUUGUCAACUCAAGUGCUGAAGCUGGAGGAUAAUAUUAAAGAACUGAAGGCCAAACUGACAGGAGCUCUGUCUGACAAAGAUCACCUGAUCCAGGAGAAAGCAGAUGUGCACCAGAGGGCCCAACAAGCUUCAGAGGGUUGUGAGUCCCACAACAAUAAACAGGAUCAUGACACUGUUGAUGAACUGAUGAAGGGAGAAUUAAAGGCUCUCAGAGAGGUAAAUCAAAAGCUGACAUGUGAGCUUGAAAUGACUGAGCAGAAAGUGAACACAUCACAGUCUCAGCUACAAGAGGUAACAGCAGAGAAGGUCUCUGACUCCAAACAGAUCACAGAUCUGAAGGCAGAACGAUCUCAGCUGAUCAGAGAAAAAGAGGAACUGUUGAGUAAAAUGAAUGAAGGUGGACAUGAGGAGUCAACAGAGAUUAAAGAAAAGUGCUUCCAGCUCAGGGAAUCUAUGGAAGUGGAAUUAGAGAAACAGAAACUGCAGGAUAGGUGUAUGUGUUUGGAGGCUGAAGUCCUUGAGAAGGAGGAGAAGCUACACCUGCAAGAGGAAGAGCAUCAGAAACAAGAUGCAGUGAGAGUCCAGAGCGUCGAGGAACUAAAAGCUGUGGCCUCACACUGGGCGGGUAAAUGGCAAAAGGUGGCUUUGACCCUGCAGUCCACGCAGGAGGAACUAGAGGAGCUAAAAAAGAACAACUCCAGAAAUGAACUCCAAGCGGAGGAUGCACAUCUGGCAACUGAGAUUGAAAGACUUCAGAGAGAGGGCCAGAAAGACAAAGAAGAAAUUGAGAAUCUGCGGCAGCACAAAGCUGCUAUGGAGACGGUGCUGGCCAGAGCCAAGAAGGAAUCAGACUCACUGCUCAGGGUUGAGCUUGAUGCAUGCAAACAAGAGCUGGAGCUGGAGAGGAGCAGGAGUCAGGCUCUGCUUCAUAGAUAUAAAGAUAAAGGUGGUGAGGCCUCGGUACAGACUGAGGACGCAGAGACACAGACAGACUUAUCAGAAUCCUCUUUGUUAUGGGAGACGCCACCAGACGCCCACAGCAGCCACAACAAAGCCCCUCAGGCCUCUGGAGAUGCUCAAGAUGAUGGAGGCCAAGCAAAUGUCUCAACCACUAACUCACUGAGGGUCCAGCUGGAAGAGAGCAGGAGGAGGACGAACCAGCUGCAGCAGGAGGAAACACUGGCGGUCCAGAAGCUUCAAACACUGAGGCAGCUUUACCCGGGUAAAGAUGAGAAACCAUCUGUUGAAGGCAGGACGGAUAAAACUGUUAAUCCAGAGACGGACCAGCAGAGGAGGAUGGUCACUGAACAGUUAAAGAAUCUGUUUAAGGAGCGAGAAGGAAAGGAGGUGGGAAAGGUUGACAACAGAUCAUCAACAGGUCAGACUGGAGCCUCAUCACCACAAGACUGGUCCCAAACACCUAAAGUUGUGAGGAAUUCAAUGGACAGGAGGAGCUGGCAGCAGGGCUCUGGUUUGAUGCCAGUGGUUGAGGAGGAUGAGGAGGAGAGUGACGGGUCAGGAGAGGAGGAAGUAGAGCCAUUAGAGGAGGACCAUGAUGAGGAAAACUUCCACAACCAAAGCCAACAGAUGUCAACUAUGAGCGCAGAAAUCCACAAUCUGAAGGCACAAAAUGAGAAUCGGCUUCAAGCCACACUAAGGCAGCCGAUCCAGGACGGCCCUCCUACUGCGAAGAAACUAUCAGACAAGUCCUCUCACUGUUCAGAUGAGCAGAAGAGGCCACCUCUCCUCUAUCCUGAUGGGAUAUUCCUGGCUGAGCUUGUAGAUAUGUGUAGCCCUGAUGAAGAUGAUGAAGACGAGGGAGAGGACAAAUGAGGUGUUUUGUUUCCUGCAUUGGGCAGAACUUGCUAUAUACAACUCUAUACAUAGACCAGUCAUUACAGGGUGCCGUACCAGCAAACUUUGUGCCUUACAGCUUUUAUUUUUUUCAUUUCUAUCAACUGAAAUGUAAGAACUAAUUCACAGAUUCUGCUAAAGUGAUACUUGGUUGAUGCUUUUACCUCGUACAAUAGUGUUAAUAAAAGUCUCCAAAGUACUUCAGGCAAAAGUGUGUUUUAUUUAUAUGACAUGAUCGUUCUUCACAUCAUUUUGACAUUCAGAAAAUCCUACAGCCAACAAGAUAUUUCAAACCUAUCUCAAAAGAACAGUGACAUUACAGAUGAGAGAAUAUACAAUACGUUUGUGUGUAUCACGUGUAUUUAAGUUACAAGGACUGAAUACUAGAAUAACAGGAUUUCUAGUUAAAUAUCAGUUAAAUUACCUUC